AUGAGACGUCGACCGCCAACUAAACCGAGCAAUGAUCCAAAUCAUAUUUAUAUCACAAGGUAAACCGACUUCUGUUUAAUUUCAAAAUUUUGCACCACAAUUCAUAGGUGCGGGAUGUUUGAGAAAUGUCAAAACAUUUUUCCGACCGCCAAUAUGACCCCCCCCCCCCUGUGGAAAAGGAUAAAAGAAAUUUUCAAAACAUGUUCAGGUAUCCUAGUGGGUUCAAGUGAAUAGAAACUGAUCGAAUAUGACCUAUAGAAGCUAUUUAGACAGUUAGAACAACCUGACGCGUUACGGCUGCUAAAUUUUUUCCAAGCCAGGCCCCUCCCACUCGCCUGCAGAGAUGGGCGCGGUGUGGUCGAAUGAGUCGCCUGUCCCGAACUGCCGGCGCGCAAUUCAAAACACCUAUGCCACAAUUAUUUUUAGAAAAACGAAUGUCGAGUCGCAAGCGAAAACCACUGAGAAGAUGCUGAACAACGAGUUCGACGAAGUGUUCAUUCAUGGAAUGGGCGCAUCAAUCAACAAAGCCUUGGUUUUUGCGAUGGAAGUGGAACGAAGAUUCGCGGGAAGUGUGAAAUCGGACGUUCAAACGUCUACAGUUCAAUGCACGGAUGACAUUGUUUCCUUGCUGGAGCUAGACCAGAACGAAACAAGACAUCGUUCAGUUUCCGCUGUGCACGUUCAUCUCUACCGUUCUGCUUCAUGA